GCUGGUGACUCACUCUUCCUCACUUCUUGGACUUUUCAAUGGUCCGGCCUGGGUCUGAAACCCUUCCCUGAAAUGACUUGUUUUGUUGCAGAGCAGGAGCUCCGUGGGUGUGCAUGGCUUUGCGUUUCUUCAGAAAACGAUAGCUGAUGUGCGCCCCCAGCCUUUCUGCAGAAGGAAUUAUCGGGGGCCCGCCAUGGGCUCUGUAAAUUCCAGAGGUCACAAGGCAGAAGCGCAGGUGGUCAUGAUGGGCCUCGAUUCUGCCGGCAAGACCACAAUCCUGUACAAACUGAAAGGAAACCCGCUGGUGGAGACCCUGCCCACUGUCGGGUUCAAUGUCGAGCCUCUUGAGGCUCCUGGACAUGUGUCACUGAUUCUCUGGGACAUUGGGGGACAGACUCAGCUCAGGGCAACCUGGAAGGACUACCUGGAAGGGACCGACAUCCUCGUGUACGUGCUGGACAGCACAGAUGAAGCCCGCUUGCCUGAGGCAGUGGCCGAGCUUGAGGAAGUCCUUGGAGACCCCAAUAUGGCCGGUGUCCCUUUCUUGGUACUGGCCAACAAACAGGAGGUGCCCGAUGCUCUACCGUUGCUUGAAAUAAAAAACAGGCUGGGCCUGGAAAGGUUCCAAGACCAUUCCUGGGAGCUCCAGGCCUGCAGUGCCCUCACAGGCCAGGGGCUGCCGGAAGCCCUGCAGAGCCUGCUGCACUUGCUGAAGUCCUGCUGAAAUGCAGUAGCCUGUGACUCCAGGCAGGAGCAGGACAGGGAGCCACGCCAGCCAGACCCCCUGCGCAGGCGGAACAGCGCAUC